GACGGGACGUGCCGAUGUCGAUUUCCCGUCGCGCGACGCGCGCAGAAUAGAUACGGCGCGCUCCACGGCGGCUGCGCGGCGACGCUCGUGGACGUCGUCUCCACCGCGGCGUUGCUCACCGUGUGCGGCGACCCGGGCGUGAGCGCGUCGCUGAACGUGAUUUACGCGUCACCGGGGCCGGGCGGGACCGACGUGGACGUGGAGGCGCGCGUGCUCAAGCAUGGCCGAUCGCUCGCCUUUUUGGAGGUUAGCAUCUGGACGAGG